AGAGAAUCCAGCCUCAUGGAGAGAAAUCAGGAAGAAACCCUGAGGGCCACACUUCUCUACCAAGAGGUCUGCUUGGCAGCUCAGAGACUGGAUCUCUUCCUCCAAAAAGAAAAUGCUCACAAAGAGGUUUUUAAGCCACACGUCCUGGCUCUCAGAGAUAUGGUCCAGCAAGCCUGCAUUAAACUCAUGUUCCUCCAUCCGGUAGUUUAUGGUAGGAAGGCCGAAGAACUCUUAUGGAGGAAAAUAUACUCUGACAUUGUCAUGCUGCUCAUGAAGACCAACAAGAAACAAAUGGACACCUUCCAACACUGGGGAGAGCCCCUGCAGGCUCACCUGAAGGCUGGCCUAAAGUUCUAUGAGCAUCUCUUCCUGUUCCUUCAAGGCCACUAUGAACUGAGGUUACAGAGCUACAUCGAUUGGCCUCACAGUGCCAUUCACUUAAUUGGCUGUAAGAAAGUGGGUCCCACAUCAGUGGAAGAGGCUUCCUGGGCCCGCAUGGCCUGUCAUCGCUGUCUACUCUACUUAGGAGACCUGUUCCGGUAUCAGCAUGAGUUCCUAGACCUGGCCACCAAGAACUUGGCAGAAAGAUGUUACUACAGAGCCUUGUCAGUGGCCCCGAAUAUGGGAAUGCCCUUCAACCAACUGGGUGCUCUCAUGGGGAGUAAGUAUUAUGAUCUGGAAGCCACAUACUACUAUCAGCGCUGCCUCCAUGCUGAAGUGCCUUUUAAAGGAGCAGCUUGGAACCUCAAACGGCUCUAUGAUCAUGCCGGAAAGAGGUACAGCUGUCUGAAGAGGUACCAGGGAAGGAAAAUGUCUCACAGCCAAAGGCAGUGUUGGGACAACAAAAGGCUUCUGGUUAGCUUCCUCUACCUUCAGAGCCUCCUGCAGCCUAAGAGAAAAUUUAAAGCUGCAAGGCUUAUAGCUCUGUGCCAACUGGUUCUUGAUGACUUCCACCUCUGUCUUUCCUACCGGCCAUAUCAAUCCGGCUUGUGCCAGGCAUCCACUGAAGAUAAGCCUCCUAAAGGCUACCUGUUUCUUCCAGAUUUCCUCAUCUUCCACAUGGUGGUUCUUUGUCUCAUGAAUGUGCACAGCCUAAGGACAUCAGGCUCAAAACAGCAAAAACCAGCUGUUAUUUUCACCUUGACUCUUUUCUCUUAUCUAGUACAACAUGUGAACACACGAAUCCAGGCUGAGCUGUGGAAGAGGAAGGUGAGUUCAGAAGAGGCUGCUCCAAGAGAUGGAUGCUGGGACAAAGAGCCUGGAAAGAAUCAUCAAGAGUUUCUAUCUCCUGGGCUCCAAAACAGCCACUCUCAGAAAAGCCACAAGUGGUCUGUCAUUUGUAGAGACAGUGAGGCCAGCUUUCAUUCCUGUUGUGACUCAGAUGAGACAGAGGACGAUGAAAACUCAUCCUUAAGUUCUCAGGCACAAUCAGACACAAGCAGUGAGACAUCCCACUCUGAUACAACAGAUGAAGAAGGGAGUGGGUUCUUGAGUUCAGAUGAAAUUCAGAGGAGUGGAGGUCCAUCCAAAGCUAAAGGCACUCAUUCAAGAAGCAACAUGAAGGCAUAUGUACCUUCUGACAGUCUCCUUGAGCUCUUGAAAACAACUAUUUCUAGCCUGCCAGCUCCUUUGAGCCAAAAGCUCCAAGGAAAACAUGCCUCACCUUUGGCUCCUGUCUUUAGUCAUAACGUUCUGCCACCUCCGACUGAUCCAAGCCCCACUGUCAGCAGUUCCUUGAGCACUGAAGGUGAGAUGGGCAGCUUUCCUGAGACAGAAUUCCACAUGGGUUCCUCUUGGGAUCAGAGGUCCUUCAUCACCCAGAACAAUCUCCAGACCACUCAGUGUAAACUGGACAUUCUUUCUGCAGAGGGACUGUUGCCUACCAUCAAGGUGAUCCUGAGUUGGCUCCGCAGCAAUCACAGUCUCCUCUUGUCACACUGGAGGAGUGUCUGUAGCUUGUGGGACCACCUCUGUGUAUUGCUGAACCUGUUACCCUCAGUAGGAGACCUUCAGCAUCCGGGCCUUUGCCUGUCUCACCAUCUCCAGGACUUGCUGCAGAGCUGUCAUUGGCCGAAUACUCCCAAGUACUUUCAGCUCCCUGAGGACAUUGCCCUGUUCCAACAGUCUCCUCCUUCAGUGUCACAGGAUAGGGAAGGUUUAGGGCAGGAUCCACCUCAACUGACCAACCAGGAGGAAGUUAUCGUGCGUAUUUGUUUCUUCAGAAGUUUUGGUCAUUUUGCAACAAGACUCCCAGGACAGUUCUUGAGGUUUGACUCUAAGCAGGGUGUCUUUGUGAGUGGUACUCUUGAAAGGUCAGAAAGUGCACCUCAGCAGCUUCCAAGAACAACUUCAAGAAUCAGGCUUUCCAAAGACAUAGUCCAGCUCUGGCUACAACGUGAAGUGGCAUUGCUUGAAAAGACUCUUCGAGGUCCCCAGACUCGGUCAGUGUUGACCCCUUACCUGUUCCCUGACCCCAGGGCCCUCUGUGAACAUCUUUCAGUCAUACAGAAACUAGCCACUAGUGCUAAGUUUUUUCUUAUCAUACCCAAAAUUGUGGUUGACACACUGUAUAUCCUAAAAUGGGAAGACCGCAGGGCCUUGGCAGCCAUCACUUUUCUAGAGGAUGAGUUAAAGAGAAGGAAUCAGUACAUUCUCUGCCAGUCCUUUGUGUCUAAGAGGUUGGUAAGGCCCAGGAUGACUAAACCAGACUCUGAUGCUUGGGAUCUCUACAAUAUUCUUGAGUUCUGCAAAAGUCUGCUCGAUUCAUCCAGACCAGGGGUCCUGGAUCCCAGCAGCAUGGUGACCAUCAUUACUGGCGUCUGUUUGGAACACCCUAGAAAUUUCUCAUACCCCUUGCAGCUGGUUCUGGGGAUGGCAACUGAAGCUGGUGUGGAAAUCAAGAACAUCUUGAGUUUCCACAAAGAAUGGAAGGUGAUCAGUUGA